AUGACCACAACCACAACCACUCCCUCUCACCAACUCGCGCGCCUGAUCGGCCCGGCGCUCCUCACCAUCUCCAUGGCAGAAUCCGUCAACGCGCACAUCUGGGCUUCCAGCAGUCCGCCGACGAUCUUUCUCAACGGCUCCAUCAUCUUCGUCAGCGGCCUCGCCAUCGUGCGGCACCAUAACCUCUGGACCACUAGCUGGCCCGUCCUCGUGACGCUGAGCGGCUGGAGCGGCCUGGCCCUCGGAUUAACGCGCAUGCUCAUCCCGGAGAAGGUCCUGGAAAGCGUGAAGAAGGCGCAACCCAGGGACGUCAGGGCCGGGGCCCUAGUCGUAGCUGGUUUCGGAGGGGCGGUCACCUUGUGUGGGUAUUUCGCCGCUUAG